AUGGGGAGAGCAGAGUGGGUGACUUCUGUUAAUAGUAAUAGUGGUAAUUUUGGUUACGGGAGAGGAGGAAGAUGGUACACUUCAGAUCAGAUAAGGAAGAUGGAGGAAUCAAUUAGAAUACAAAAGGAGUCAGAACCUACACGUCUUGUGGAACUGGUAAGGUCUCUUUUUUUCCCAAACGAAAAGCUAAAGAAAGAAAUUUUAAAAGAAGAGAGGAUGCAAGGAGUGACUCGGUCGUUGAAACAAAAGAUAACAGAUGAGCUAAUCACGAGAUUAAGAGCCUUGAAUUCAACUUCCAACUCAACUGUGCAUCGAGAGGUAGUUGAGCAUUGGCGCAAGCUAAAACUAAGUGAAACACAAUCAAUUGCUGAGGGAAAUACCACAAACUCAAGCAUUCUUCCAGAAGAAGCUGGCAUGCUUGUGAGAGCGCUGGAUUCUGGUUGGGCUAGGUUUUCAGAGGAAAUUGGUCUUUGGAUACCAUUUCAAGUUGUUAAUAAGGAGAAUGAUGACAAACCCCAAGGCAUUGAAGAGUUUGAACGUGAAAUUUUACCUGGAAAGCGGCUUCCACCCGAAUGCCAUGCCGAACUAUACACAAAUUACGAUGGUGAUGUUGUGAGAUGGGGUCUAACCCAUCAGAAAGAGUUGGCGUAUGAUUGUUGUAUGGCUUGUAUUGAUCAAGCUAAAAAUGCUAAGCCUGACGAGAAAAGAUGCAACAUAUGGGUUUAUUGUCCAUCCGAGACAGGUUGCUAUUCUCCAGACAUUUACGAACACCAAAAUCAGGAAUGCUGGCUUAAAUAUGUUGAGGUUCUUCAAAAUAAUUCAGAUUUGAUUAAACUCCAGUUUGGUCUUGAAGAGUUGACAAUCGUGUUUGAAAAUGAUCAUGUCAUUCAAGAAGGUGAUCAUCAUGCUGCUUCACUUCCGAGGUAG